AUGACUAACUUGAAGUUGUUCUAAGUGACUGGCUAUCAAAAUGAAAUUAUUGUAUAAAAAUAUCCCUAUUACUAGAUUAAAUCAGAAUUACCAUACAUAACCACCUACCUAAAGUUUCAUCGAUUUUCAUAAAUCAUUGAAGAAUCACCAAAAUUUUAGGAAUAGGAAGGAAAUAUCAAAGGAGAUAAAAGAUGCUCAUACAUCUUAGGAGUCUUUAAGACUUAUAAUAAAUCAUUCAUAGUGAUUGUUGAUGAAUGCACAAAAGUUGCAACAAUUCAGGAUCAAAUUAUAUAUCACAUUGAUCAAGUGUCCUACUUUGCCAUCGAUGACUAUAAUCCUAAUAACAAUAAAGAUAUUUUGGAAAGCAUAAACAAUCAAAAAAAACUAUUGUAAUCAGGAUUCUACUUCUCGCUCUAUGGAGAUAUAACUCUUGCAAGACAUUUUUAAAAGUAUGAAAAUAGUUUUGUUUGGAAUAAUAAACUCCUAAGCUCUUUUAGAGAGAAUAAGAUUUCCUCUAGUUGGCAAUUGCCUAUGAUCUAGGGUUAUGUUGAAUAAAUAGAUUCCUAAAUUGAUAAAUAGCCAGUUACAGUAGUUUUGAUUUCCAGAAGAAGCAGAUUUAUGGGAGGAACUCGCUAUUACUCAAGAGGAGUAAAUGAUGAUGGCCAUGUGGCUAAUUUUGUUGAAACAGAGCAAAUAAUUAUCUCAGGUUCAAUUUUAAUAAGUUUUGUUGUUAUAAGAGGAUCAGUUCCUUUAUUUUGGAAUUAAGAUGGUGUUAAUAGUAUAAAACUAACUAGAUCAAAAGAAUUAACAUAAUCUGCGUUUAGCAAACAUUUUAAUCUUUUAAGAAGAUAUGGCAAAAUAUUUUGCAUUAAUUUAAUGUAAAAUAGUAGAUAAUUAGAAUAAGUAUUAACAGAAAACUUUUACUAUCAACUCUAAAAGGCUAAAUUAGAUCAUGUUAAUUAUUAAUCUGUUGAUUUUCAUUCUUUAGUUAAAAAUGGUAAGUCUUCUGGAGUUAAUUCCUACAUAUAUUAAUAUGAUUAAACUUUGGAAAAAUUUUAGUGCUAUUUUGAAAAAGAUAGACAAAUGAUAAAAAAAUAAAAUGGAGUCUUUCGAAUCAAUUGUUUGGAUUGCUUGGAUAGAACAAAUUUAUUUAUGAGUAAGCUUUGUCUUUAUAGUUUGGAGCGAGCUUUAAGAAAUUUAAAUCUAUAAUUAAGUGGUAAUAAUGAUAUCCUUAAUUCUUUUGAUGAGAACAAUAAAAAAUUAUUACAUGAUCUAAUCAUAAAAUAUAAGAUUAUGUGGGCUAAUAAUGGAGAUAUGUUGAGUUUCAUUUAUUCAGGAUCAGGAAGUACUGUAUCAGAGAUGGCGAGAGAGGGAAAAAGAGGUUUUAUGGGAAUGCUCAAAGAUGGAUACAAUAACAUCGAGAGAUUUUAUAAUCGCCAAUUUGAAGAUGAUGCUAAACAAAAUACUAUAAACUAAUUAUUGUAUCAGUCAACAUCAUAAACUCAUUUUGAUAGUUGGAUUGCUCAGUAAGAGAAGCAAUUCUGCACAUUUAGUGAAAUUUCAAUUUUAUUAAUUACAUGGAAUGUUGGUGGUAAUACUCCGAUAACAAAAGACUUUUUAUAAAAUAUAUUACAUUUUCAAGAACAAUCUAAUCCAGAUGUUAUUGUCUUUGGUUUAUAAGAAAUUGUUGAUUUGAAUCCAUAAAAUAUUGUGAUUAUGAGCAACGAAAAAACCCUUUAGUUGUGGAAUUAAUUGAUUCAAUCUAACUUGUCAAAAAUAGAUUCCUAUACAAAAAUAGGAAAUAGUGAUUUAGUUGGUUUAUAUUUAGCAAUUUUUGUGAAAACAAAUUAAAUCUCAAGAAUAACAUAAAUUGAUACAGAUGCUAUUAAAACUGGUUUGGGUGGCACGUUGGGUAAUAAAGGAGGUGUUUCGGUGAAAUUUAAUUUUGAUGAUUCUCUAUUAGGAUUUACUUGUUGUCAUCUUACAUCUGGUAAUAAAUAAUGUCAAUAAAGAUUAUCAGACAUAGAUGAGAUUCAUCAAAAAGCCUUUUAAAAUUCUAAAUAGAAGAUUAGUUUAAAGAACCUCGAUUAUUCAUUUUUUUUCGGUGAUAUGAAUUUCAGAAUUGAAUUGUCAUAUUAAGAAGUUAUUGAACAAAUUAAGAAUUAUCAAUAAUUAAUUUCAGAAGAUCCAAAUAGCCAGAAAGCAAAAAGAAAAUUAGCCCAUUUAUUGAAUUUCGAUCAACUUGGAAAAAACAAAAAUAAAAAUUAACACCUUCAAAACUAUCAUGAAGGUAGCAUCAAUUUUUUACCAACCUAUAAAUAUGAUAAAAACUGUCAAAUUUAUGAUACUUCAACAAAAUUAAGAAUACCUUCUUGGUGUGAUAGAAUUUUAGUUAAUUGCAAAGAGGAAUUGAUUUGUUCAUAACGUUAUUAUUAAAGAAAUGAAUGCUUAGAUAGCGAUCAUCGGCCUGUAUCUAGUUAUUAUGUUAUUGAAAUCAAAAAAAUAGAUAAAGAAAAGUUAGAAUCUGUAAAAUCUCUAUAUUGCUUAUCAUAAAUGUAGAAUUUUAAGUCUCCCCCACCUAACUUUGAUGUUUCAACAAAACCUUUUCCAACUAAAUAAUUUUAACAACCUCAAUAACCUUAAUAAUAUGGUAACUAUUAAGAUCUCUCAUAAGAAUCAUAGAAUGAUUAAUAAAGAAACUAACAAUAACUUAAUUUAACUCCAUAACACUAAUAAUAGAUUUAAAACACUUAAGAUUUUUUGAAAAAUAAUUAAGAUAAAUAAUAAUAGUAUUCUUAAUAACAUUAAGGCUUCGAAUAAUAUACUUUUGAAUAGAUGUUAUAGUAAUAAAAAUCUGCCUAAUAACAAUCAAAUUAACAUAAGCUUGAUUUAUAAUGA